AGAGAGAGAGGAAAAAUGGCGAAUCUCGUGGAGGCGACAACAAAUCAGCAGUUUGUAGAUGCCCUAGCCAAAGCUGGGAAAUGCCUGACCGUGGUGCACUUCCAGGCCGCGUGGGCUCCUCAAUGUGUCCAGAUGAACGAGGUGAUGGCCGAGCUGGCCGAGCAGCACGCGCACACCACUUUUGUCAAGCUGGAGGCGGAAGCUGUGCCGGAGGUGUCGGAGAGGUACGAGAUCACUUCAGUGCCGACUUUCCUCUUCUUCAAGGCGGGGGAGAAGGUGGACCGCAUGGACGGAGCCCACGCUCCGGAGCUGACUAAGAAGGUGCAGCGGCUGGCGGUCACCGCGAGUCCGGUCGGAGGCGCGGAGGUCGCCGCCGCCGCGGACCUGAACCGGCGGCUGAAGGCGCUGCUCGGCGCGGCGCCCUGCAUGCUGUUCAUGAAGGGCUCCUCCCAGGAGCCCCGCUGCGGCUUCAGCCGGCAGAUCGUGGCCCUGCUGAAGGAGCACGGCAUCCAGUUCAGCACCUUCGACAUCCUGUCCGACGAGGAGGUCCGACAGGGCCUGAAGGCCUACUCCGACUGGCCCACCUACCCGCAGCUGUACGCCAACGGGGAGCUGGUGGGAGGACUGGACAUCGUGAAGGAGCUGGCCGAGUCCGGGGAGCUGCAGAACACCUGCCCGAAGGCCGUCACCGCGGAGCAGCGGCUGGAGAGCAUCAUCAACCAGAGCUCGGUGAUGCUGUUCAUGAAGGGCAACAAGGGGGCUGCGAAGUGUGGCUUCAGCAGGCAGACACUGGAGCUGCUGAACGGCACCGGGGUGGACUAUGACACCUUUGAUAUUCUGGAGGAUGAGGAGGUGCGUCAGGGGCUCAAGACCUACUCCAACUGGCCCACCUACCCGCAGCUCUACGUGAAAGGAGAUCUGAUCGGAGGUCUGGACAUACUGAAGGAGCUGAAGGAGAGUGGAGACCUGGAGUCGGUGCUGAGGGGGGAGUCGUAGGUGUGUCCGCUGCAUGUGCCCAGAUCGCCCAGAUGUGUCCCUGGUGUGACGUCAUACACACGGCCAAGAAGUGGAGACGAGAGUUUCUGGAGAUGGAUAUUAGAUUGAAGCAUCAACUGAUGAAUCGAACUGUUGUAGCGUUUUGAAUAAGUUCACAUUCUCCUUUAAAACUCCAAAAAAUUAAACCGCAUUUAAUGAGAUUUGACUUUUGGUUUUCAUUUGAAGUUGGUCCUUCUUGAAAAGAAGUGAAUGUUUGAGCAGCCCCUGUGCUCAGGUUUAUAAAUCCCCCUCCGACAGUAAACACGCGGGAAUGUGCCCCUCCAGUAUUCACGGCAUUGGUUUCUAUUUCUAUUUAAUUAUUCUCAUUAUUUACCCAGCCAUGGACUGUUCACACCUUCACUUGGAGACGGAUACCUGUGGAACCACAUCCAAUAAUCACUCUGGUUUAAAUACUUUGAUCUAAGUUUAAGUCACUUUUUGGUUUGUGGUCCUUCAACGACAUUGUGAUGAAACAAUAAAAACACUUGAGAUGUG